AUGACAAAGUCUUGGAAGGAUGUCAAACAGGAAGCAUGUCAUCUAUACACACAGGGAGCCACGCUGCUGCAAGUUCAGGCCAAACUAGAGCAGAAGUAUCAAUUCCGAGCCUCCACUCGAGCAUUCAGAGGGAAGUUCAAGGAAUGGGGAGUUACCCGGUCCUCCCAGUUGGUGGAGCUCAAAGCCCGGAAUGCUCGUAUGCCGCGAGUGCUCGGCGGUGCUGAGCUAUCAUACGAGAUGCCGGAGGCGACGAUAGUUGGAAGGUCGCAUUCGGAGCCUUUGGGAUCAGAGGUGUUUCAACCAGCUUCAAGGGGUACGAAUCGGCCGUCCUACCUUGACGACCACGCCUCGAGGCAUCCGUGGCUUGAGCACGACGCUUCCACCCAGAUUGUGGACCAAUUCGAGUUUCUGUACCACGAACUUCGGCAAGCGGAGACAGGGCCAGAGAUUUCUGAAAUAUUGAACCGGACACGCUUCGUAUCUGGCGAAGACUGCAUCCUUCACUACACAGCAGCCAAAGCCGAACUCUGGGCACUGGACUAUCUGAUGGAUUACAUCAAUAUCAAAGACAUCAGUAUCGACCUCGAAAACUCUCGACGCCGAACAGCCUUGGAGUAUGCCAUUCUCGCAGGCCAGAAGUUUUCAGUCGAGCUCCUUUUGGCGAACGGAGCGUCGGUGGAUCGCCGCAAUAGUUCUGAGCAGCAGCCGCUUCACUGUGCAGUUCAGUCUCUUUCGCCCGAUAUAUGUGUCAUUCUACUAGAGCAUGGUGCCAACGCAAACGCACCCCUAGCUGUGAAGCAACAAUAUCGUAGCUCACUCGAUGUCACAUUCGAGCAACUCUCAAAAGCCCAGAUGAAAGAAGAAAGGGACAAGCUGGCCAGGAUUUUUGAGAUACUGUUGACGAACGGAGCUGACGUUGCUGACCGCGGCAGCGAAUCUGAAGUCACCCAGCUUGAAUUCCUCAAGAGAUGGUAUCAACAGGACCCGCGAUCGUUCCAGCCAAGUCACUACCUUCGAAACAACUUCCACCCGCUCUGCUGGAUAUCUCGAAAAUUGUGCCCAGUAGGAGCAUGCGGUUCGCUUGCGUCCUACAUCUUCAGCCACACACCCGGAAGUGGAUUGGCUAGACUGCUGAUACAGACGGUCGACGUCGAAAACCAUGGAGACGACUUAUUGCACGCCAUGCUUUCCCCUUGCAUUCAGCAGGCCACAACAAACUGGGAUCCCACAACUUACGAGCUCUUCCACGAGUUGUUAGAAAGGAUGCAUGCGCGAGGCGUCAAACCUCGUAAGGAUCCAUUCAUCCUGCAUCGGAUAUGGAGGGAUGCACCUCAUCAUGAGAGACUGCUCCUCAUCGAAAGCGCUCAACGUUCAGCUCUGGCCACAGCCGAGGAAUCAAGAAUGGUCCUGGUUGAGCUUGGCCCAGAAGAUGGCAACUUCGGACUAGACAUGGCCGAGUCGCUGAUGUCACAGCCCGAAGUAGUCUCUGCCCAGCUGUGGAACGAACUUGUGGUCCACUACUAUGGCAAAUCUGGAAUGUUUCGGCGCAGUUUCAGCGUGGCGGACGAAGGCUUCCAUCAUGAAAUUCAGCUGAAGAUCUUCACUGCUCUGGGGCUGGACUUGCAACAAGCCGCGGGCGCCGAAGAGCAUGUUGUCAGGAGCACAAUGCAUGUGUUUACCAAACGGCUGCUAGAAGGCAAAAUACCUGGCCAUAACAUCUCGGCGCAGCAGCGAGUGUUUGGCGUUACUCCGCUGAGAGAGAAAUAUGACCUGCCUGAGCUGCCUGUGCCGAGCUCAAUGAUCCUUGAGAUGAACUCGCACAUCCACCGGGGGCGGGUCGACGUGCUAUCCGCCGAGCAAGGAAGUGACUACUAUUCGUCUCCCGGCACUACGAUGAGCGACGGCCACUCAUGA